GCGCUUCCUUUUUCUCCUCUCGUUUCCCCCAUUUUCCCCAACAUUUCUAUCUCCCUGCGGUUACAGAUACGCGCUGAGAGGCUUCGCCUAGGGUUUUUGGGGAGAGAGAUAGAGAAAGAGAGGAGCAGCGAUGGGGCAGCAGUCGUUGAUCUACAGCUUCGUGGCGCGCGGCACCGUGAUCCUGACGGAGUACACCGAGUUCACCGGCAACUUCACCGGAAUCGCCGCGCAGUGCCUCCAGAAACUCCCCGCCUCCAACAACAAGUUCACCUACAACUGCGACGGCCACACCUUCAACUACCUCGUCGAGGAUGGAUUCACAUACUGUGUCGUGGCUGUUGAAUCUAUCGGAAGACAGAUUCCCAUCGCAUUUCUUGAGCGAAUCAAGGAGGAUUUUACUAAGAAAUAUGGUGGAGGAAAGGCUGCCACAGCUGUUGCCAACAGCCUGAAUAAAGAGUUCGGGCCCAAAUUGAAAGAGCAAAUGCAGUACUGUGUUGAUCACCCAGAUGAGAUCAGUAAACUUGCAAAGGUGAAAGCUCAAGUUACAGAAGUUAAAGGAGUCAUGAUGGAAAACAUUGAAAAGGUGCUUGACCGUGGAGAGAAAAUUGAGCUCCUUGUUGAUAAAACUGAGAAUCUUCGCUCCCAGGCUCAAGAUUUUAGGGCACAAGGAACGAAGAUGAGGAGAAAGAUGUGGCUGCAGAACAUGAAGAUAAAGCUGAUAGUUCUUGCCAUUAUCGUUGCGUUGAUCUUAAUCAUAGUUCUAUCAGUGUGCGGCGGAUUCAAUUGCGGUGGUAAAUAAGUGCCUGUUUGCAUAUCUAGAGAUCUGUCCUCUCUCCUCGACAGAAACGCCACUGUAAUGCUUCUUUGCAUUGAGCUUUGUUUCCCCUAAAUUUUUUGGUGACAUGUUUUGCCCCUUUGCUCUAUUCUGUAUUUUUUGUGAGAUAAUAUUUGUUUGUAUAUUUUGUAUGCUGAAUUGUCUAAAUAUAUUAGAGGAGUCGUUUGUGGCAA